ACCCCCGUGUAAAUGUUUAACUGGGGGGUCGAGUUUGGACUUUAGUCCCUUAGGAGCCUCGACUCGAGCAGAAUGAAUGCAGCAGGAGGCGGCUCGGCCCUGCAGGUCCACGUGAUCCGGGUCGGUCCGGGUCAGGAGCUGUUGGGAUCUCUGCAGGCCUUCGUGGACGAGCGGCGACUGCGCGCGCCCUUCAUCAUCACCUGCGUGGGCAGCGUUACCAAGGCAACGCUGCGUCUGGCCAACGCCACGGCAACCAACACCAACGAGGUGCUCCACCUCAGCGGACGCUUCGAGAUCGUCUCGCUGGUCGGCACCUUGAACCGGGACGCCCACCUCCACGUGUGCCUGUCGGACGGGGAGGGGCGGACCGUCGGGGGCCACGCGCUCGGCGACCUGGAGGUGUUCACCACGGCCGAGGUGGUGGUCGGCGAGGCGUCGCAGCUGCUGUUCACCAGAGAGACGGACGGGAAGACCGGCUUCCCCGAGCUCCUGGUUCAGCCGCGCCAAUAAGGAAGAGAAGAGAGCGCCUCUGGGGGGGGGUUUCCAACACGGGGGUCGGGGCCCUCCGAAGGCCCACCAGAUACGCGCUAGGGGUCGUUAUUUUGUAUUCAUAUUAAUCAAAUCUUCUCAUUUAGAUUCAGUUAUUGAGAUGAAGACGUCUGAAAGGUUUCGAUAACGCUGCUCCAUCCACUGGUUUCAUCUAGUGGUUUAUUUGUAUUUCAUAACUUCUUACAACUUACAACAUGAUUGAUGACUCUCUUGUGCAACUGGAGUUGCUUUUGUCAUCUUCAUUAUGAAAUCAGCUACUUAGCUUUAGCAUAAGACCAAAGCGGAGUGUUUUUUAUGUUAAAGUUUCUAAACGGAAGCAAAGUUCAUUAGAAGAAUAAAUUCUCACCUGACUUUAUCUGCUCUGAUUUUUCAAAAUAAAAGUGUUCCCCGUGUGCUUC